UGAACUGUUACUCCAGUCAGUAGAAUAACGGUUCGCCGGCUGCAACGUGCUCAGUCUGUGUUCGACAGUGUCGAAGAAUAGUUCUUCCGAAAGAGUAUUUAUUGAGAUUGGUGAAGAUUUUCAAAAAUGGCAACGGUAAAAGAUCAACUUUUAACUACUGUGACGGAACCUGUGCUAACUGGUAGAAACAAAAUUACAGUAGUUGGUGUGGGUCAAGUUGGAAUGGCCUGUGCUUUCAGCAUCUUGACAAAUCACGUUUCAAGUGAUGUGGUAUUAAUUGAUGUGAUGGUAGACAAGCUAAAAGGGGAGAUGUUGGACCUGCAACAUGGCAGUGCAUUUAUGAAAAAUGCAAAAGUCAAUGCUAGUACAGAUUACGCUGCUACUGCCAAUUCGAGUCUCUGCAUUGUUACGGCGGGUGCUCGUCAGCGUGAAGGCGAAACCAGGUUGGAUUUGGUUCAACGUAACACUGACAUCUUUAAAGGCAUCAUUCCACAAUUAGUCAAAUAUAGCCCGAACACGAUUCUCUUGAUCGUUUCCAACCCUGUGGAUAUUUUAACAUAUGUGGCAUGGAAACUUUCUGGUUUGCCAAAGAAUAAAGUCAUUGGUAGCGGUACGAAUUUAGAUUCUGCUCGCUUCCGCUUCCUGUUAUCUCAAAGACUUAAUGUCGCACCUACAUCUUGCCAUGGUUGGAUUAUCGGAGAACAUGGUGACACCAGCGUGCCUGUGUGGUCCGGAGUUAAUGUUGCUGGAGUACGUUUGCGCGAUAUCAACGAAAAUGUGGGUACUGACAAAGAUAAGGAACAUUGGAAUGAGCUGCAUAAACAAGUAGUACAAAGCGCGUAUGAAGUGAUCAAACUGAAGGGUUAUACUUCUUGGGCUAUUGGUCUCAGCGUAUCACAUCUUGCGUCAGCAAUAUUAAGAAAUUCCAAUCAAGUGCAUGCAGUAUCCACGAUGGUUACUGGUUAUCAUGGAAUUAAGGAAGAAGUAUUUUUAUCUUUACCUUGCACGCUAGGUGAAGAUGGCGUCACGCACAUCGUUCAGCAGAAGUUAACAGAUGAUGAACUUGCACUGUUACAUAAAUCUGCAAUGAUGAUGCACGAAGUGCAACAAGGCCUUAAAUUUUAGAAGAAUAUAUUAUCUUUAUCUAUAUACUUAUUUUAUUUUAUUUUUUUGUGUGAUUUAUAUACAAUUUGUACUGUACUUACAUGUUUCAAAUGUCAACACACACUAUCAUACAUAUAUACAACUUUACUCUUAUAUACAUAUAAUUUUUUAGAUAUAAAUGUUUUCAACUACAUAAUAUUUAUAUUUACAUAUUAUUUGUGGCAAGUGUAUGUGUGAGAAAGUUGAAAUAUUUGGCUAUUUAUUUCUUAUACUAUAAUUUUUAUUUAUAUAACAGAGAUCUCAAUAUAAUUUAUUUCAAUCUUAUAUUAUUUUGCCAGCGAUAGGCUUAUCUGUCACUAUGAUUUAUUUUAGUAUUAUCAUACGAUAUUAUUUAAAUCAUUUUAAAUCUUUCUUUAAUAAAUUAUUUUUUAUCGAAUAACUCAGUUAUUUAUACAAUAUUUUUUUAUUAAAUAUUCUGAUAAUAUAAUAAAGCGCAUAAAACACACACACAUUUACAUAUGCAGAUAAACAACGCAAAUUUAUUUAUGUAUAAUUCAAAUUUUUAAUAAUUUUUAUUUUAUACUGAAUAAAUUGUUUUCAAAUUUCUUAAAAAUACCUUACAUUUUAAAUUUUAUCCUCACAUACACACAUAAAUUACAUGUUUUAUUUUUACGCAUGCUUUAUUUAAAUUGUGCUAUUUACUUUAAUAAUAUAAAGAAUGUUCCUAUUAUAAAUGUUUAUGCGUGUUUAUACAUGUGUGUAAUAAAUAUGUAACUUUUGUGACAAGUUUGAUUAUUAAUGUGACAAGUAUUGUAUAAUGUCAUUUUUAAUAUAUUAUAUAAAUAAUAAAAUAUUUUAAAAUAA